UCCACCUCAAGUGAAUAUGAACACUUCUACCGGUACACCUCGGGGCGGUGGAUACACAACGAGGAAGCCCAACUAGCUGCCAGGUACACCAGGUUCAACGUUGACGCUCUCAAGAGCAUCGCUGUCUCUGCUGGGCAUGCGGACUCUGUUACGCGUAUCGUCAAACUGGCAGAAGGGGCAUACAACAAGGUCUUCCUGCUAACACUCGACAACUCAAGAGAGAUCAUUGCGCGCAUCAAAAACGCCGCAUGCGGGCCC